AUGAGGGCUCUAUCAUGGAUACAUGUCCCACUGUCGUGUCAUAUUGACCAGCCUAUCACUGUGGGGGGCAAUAUUAUUGACCCGCAUUCCACUGUGUGGUCAGUAUUGUUGAUCCACGUCCAUGGAACCCGGGUGUUUGGAACUCGAGUGUUUGGAACCCGAGUGUUUGGAACCCGAGUGUUUGGAACCCAAGUGUUUGGAACCCAAGUGUUUGGAACCCAAGUGUUUGGAACCCAAGUGUUUGGAACCCGAGUGUUGGAACCCAAGCGUUUGGAACCCGAGUGUUUGGAACCCGAGUGUUUGGAACCCGAGUGUUUGGAACCCAAGUGUUUGGAACCCAAGUGUUUGGAACCCAAGUGUUUGGAACCCGAGUGUUUGGAACCCGAGUGUUUGGAACCCGAGUGUUUGGAACCCGAGUGUUUGGAACCCGAGUGUUUGGAACCCAAGUGUUUGGAACCCAAGUGUUUGGAACCCGAGUGUUUGGAACCCAAGUGCUUGGAACCCAAGUGUUUGGAACCCGAGUGUUUGGAACCCGAGUGUUUGGAACCCGAGUGUUUGGAACCCGAGUGUUUGGAACCCGAGUGUUUGGAACCCGAGUGUUUGGAACCCAAGUGUUUGGAACCCAAGUGUUUGGAACCCAAGUGUUUGGAACCCGAGUGUUUGGAACCCGAGUGUUUGGAACCCGAGUGUUUGGAACCCGAGUGUUGGAACCCGAGUGUUUGGAACCCGAGUGUUGGAACCCGAGUGUUUGGAACCCGAGUGUUUGGAACCCGAGUGUUUGGAACCCAAGUGUUUGGAACCCGAGUGUUUGGAACCCGAGUGUUGGAACCCGAGUGUUUGGAACCCAAGUGUUUGGAACCCGAGUGUUUGGAAACCGAGUGUUUGGAAACCGAGUGUUUGGAAACCGAGUGUUUGGAACCCGAGUGUUGGAACCCGAGUGUUUGGAACCCGAGUGUUGGAACCCAAGUGUUUGGAACCCGAGUGUUUGGAACCCGAGUGUUUGGAACCCGAGUGUUGGAACCCGAGUGUUUGGAACCCGAGUGUUUGGAACCCAAGUGUUUGGAACCCGAGUGUUGGAACCCGAGUGUUGGAACCCAAGUGUUUGGAACCCGAGUGUUUGGAACCCGAGUGUUUGGAACCCGAGUGUUGGAACCCGAGUGUUUGGAACCCGAGUGUUUGGAACCCGAGUGUUUGGAACCCGAGUGUUGGAACCCGAGUGUUGGAACCCGGGUGUUUGGAACCCGAGUGUUGGAACCCGAGUGUUGGAACCCAAGUGUUUGGAACCCGAGUGUUGGAACCCGAAUGUUUGGAACCCGAGUGUUUGGAACCCGAGUGUUUGGAACCCGAGUGUUUGGAACCCGAGUGUUGGAACCCGAGUGUUUGGAACCCGAGUGUUGGAACCCGAGUGUUGGAACCCGAGUGUUUGGAACCCGAGUGCUGGAACGCUAG